AUGGAUGAAGAUUCAGAGGGUUACUGGGUGGAGCCCAUGCUGGAGGGGCACCCAGUGAGGUUCAAAACCUAUCUAGGGGAACCUGUACCCAUGGCAGGAAUGACUGAUGUCGUGGUCCAGAGUAACAAUCAGGUGAGGAAGCUCCCCAUCUAUAUUGUUAAAGUGGGGGAUGAGUUGGACGCCUUAGUUAAAAGCGGUGUUUUGGAACCGGUGACUGUCAGCGAGUGGGCUACGCCCAUAGUUCCCGUACCCAAGAAAACGGGAGGAAUACGAAUCUGUGGAGAUUUUAAGGUGACACUGAACCCUGUACUGUCAGCAGAGCAGUAUCCUCUUCCCCGCAUUGACGAUUUGUUUGCCGGGCUGAGUAAGGGGCAAAAGUUUAGCAAAAUAGGCCUGAACCAAGCCUACUUACAGAUGCACGUUCAUGAGGAUGCUAAAGACUUGCUCACCAUAACUACGCAAAAGGGGCUUUUCAGAUAUUGUCGACUCCCUUUUGGGAUCACAUCAGCCCCUGCACUUUUCCAACGUGCCAUGGAUCAGAUCCUACAUGGCCUCCCUGGUGUACAGUGCUAUUUGGACGAUAUUCUGUGCACAGGAAGUACGGACCAAGAACAUUUGGACAAUUUGGAUGCUGCUCUUCAAAGGCUGAAAGAGUAUGGGCUCAGGGUUCGCAAAGACAAAUGCGAAUUUUUUCAACUGUCUGUUGAAUAUUUGGGACAUGUAAUUGAUGCCCGAGGGUUGCAUACUGCGCCGUCAAAGGUUAGAGCGAUAGUCGAUGCCCCGCCGCCAGAGAGUGUUAGUUCAUUCUUGGGCUUACUGAAUUAUUAUGGCCGCUUUAUACCGAACUUGUCAUCCAUGCUCAAGCCGCUACAUGACCUACUUUGUCAAGGAAAGAAGUGGAAUUGGAGUGAUGCCUGUCAAGAGGUUUUUCAGAAAACAAAGGAGACAUUAGUGACAUUAGGGGUUGUGACCCAUUUUGAUCCAUCACUCCCCAUUCAGUUGGCCUGCGAUGCAUCCAUGUAUGGAGUGGGGGCGGUCAUUUCACAUUUAAUGCCGAACGGGGUAGAGAGGCCUAUAGCAUUUGCAUCACGGACCUUGAACAAAGCAGAGACUAACUAUGCUCAGAUAGAGCGGGAGGCGUUGAGCAUCGUCUAUGGGGUUCACAAGUUCCAUCAGUACCUGUAUGGGAGACAGUUUACACUGCUGACGAAUCACCGACCCCUGACGACCAUCCUGGGGUCGCACACUGGGUUACCCUCACUUGCCGCGAGUCGCAUGCAGCGGUGGGCGUUGCUUCUGUCGGCUCACUCGUAUGACAUCAACUAUCGCAAGGCCGACCUGCACGGCAAUGCCGAUGCACUGUCCAGGUUGCCUCUUCCUAUCACCAGGCCUGAGCCGCGGGCAGCAGAAAUAUUUUACUUCAGUCAGGUGGAUGGUGCGCCAGUUUCUGCUGCUCAUGUGAGGAGGGCCUCUCGCACGGACCCUGUCCUGUCUGCGGUGAUGGAUAUGGUGAUGGGGGGUAGAUCAGGUAGCGAUGCCCCCAGUAUUCAACCUUAUCUCUCCAGGAGAGCAGAACUGUCUGUGCAAUCUGGUUGCUUACUGUGGUGGAGGAGGGUUGUUAUCCCGCCAUCAUUGCGUAAAUCUGUUCUGCAGCAGCUCCAUGCAGGUCACAGUGGAAUAGUUCGAAUGAAGGAGAUAGCAAGGAGUUACUUCUGGUGGCCAGGAGUGGACAGAGAGAUAGAGACUACCGCCAAAACCUGUUCCUCAUGCCAAGAAGUUAGGAAGGCACCCCAACUAGCUCCUCUACAUCCCUGGGAGUUUCCCGAAGAACCAUGGCAACGGGUGCACAUUAAUUUUGCAGGACCUGUAGAGGGUUGUAUGCUCCUUGUGUGUGUGGACGCCCACAGUAAGUGGCCGGAAGUGGCCAUAAUGAAAACCACUACCACUACAAAGACGAUUGAGAGGCUGGGGGAGAUUUUCAGCCGGUUCGGUUAUCCUCUUCAGUUGGUCUCAGAUAACGGGCCACAACUGGUGUCACAAGAAAUGACUACCUUCCUUGAAGCAAAUGGCGUACAACACAUUCGAUGCGCACCAUUUCACCCUGCAACCAACGGUCUGGCUGAAAGGAUUGUGCAGACCAUGAAGAAAGCUUUGAAGACAUCUCAAGAGCAAGGAUAA